GUCCUCCUCCCCAUGUUCGUCCGUACUAUACAAUGUUAGCUCGUUGGGGACCUCUCUUGCGGGCGUUUUCUUUCUGCGUUUCAGUGACCGCCUCCCUUCUGUUGCUGCAGGUUCUUCGUUUGCCUCUGCACUUGUGUCUUUUACACUGUGCAUAACCUCUUGCAAACAACUCUUUCCUCGCUCAACCUGGGUUUCCGACAACCCGAAACGAGCAAACCUAAGAUCCAUUUGUCGAGGGUCUAGCAAAGCUCCAACAAUGUGGAGAUCAUCUAAGAUCCAUUUCUCCUGCAGCACAUCCUUGGUCAACAUCUUCACGGCUAUGAUGUCGUCUGAGUCUAAUGGGAUGGUGAACUUCUUACCAUCAGGGUCCUCGCUGUUGUAUGGCUCAUUACGCGGUUUGCAGUACUCCAAGAGACUCGAACGAGAGCACUGCGCUCGAAUGCGACAAGGUGCAGUGUUGGUUCAAAUAUUUCUCCAACCCAAGGGUGGCAGUCUGGAACCGUUUCAAGAACCGUGUCAGCUCUGCAAGCAAGUUCUUGUCAAUUCGUGUGAUGAGAAACUGUUUGUUCACCUGCCGAUUCGUGUUGAUGGAGGAGGAGGAGUUCCCGACAAUGGAGGAGGAGGGGGAGGAGGAGGAGGAGGAGAUCCCGACUAUGGAGGAGGAGGAGGAGGAGGAGGUCCUAACGAUGGAGGAGGAGGAGGAAGAGGAGAUGGAGGAGGAGGAGGAGUUCCCGACAAUGGAGGAGGAGGGGGAGGAGGAGGAGGAGGAGGAGGUCCCGUCUAUGGAGGAGGAGGAGGAAGGGGAGGAGGAGGAGGAGGAGGAGGAGGAAGAGGACGAGGUCCCAAUGGAGGAGGAGGAGGAGGUCUUGACGAUGGAGGAGGAGGAGGAAGAGGAGAUGGAGGACAAGGAGGAGUUCCCGACAAUGGAGAAGGAGGGGGAGGAGGCGGAGGAGGGGGAGGUCCCGAUGGAGGAGGAGGUCCUGAUGGAGUAGGAGGUCCCGAUGGAGGAGGAGGAGGAGGAGGAGGUCCCGACUAUGGACGAGGAGGAGGAGGAGGAGGUCCCGGCUAUGGAGGAGGAGGAGGAGGAGGAAGUCCCGACGAGGAGGAGGAUGAGGAGGAGGAGGCGGAGGUCCCGCUGGAGGAGGAGGAGGAGGACGAGGUCCCGACGAUGGAGAAGGAGGAGGAGCAGGAGGAGGAGGAGGAGGAGGAGGAGGUCCCGACUAUGGAGGAGGGGCGGAGGAGGAGGGUGCAACACAUGUCCCGAGGAGGAGGAGGAGGAGGAGGAGGCGGAGGUCCCGAUGGAGGAGGAGGUCCCAGUGGAGGAGGAGGUCCCGAUGGAGGAGGAGGAGGAGGUCCCGGCGAUGGAGGAGGAGGAGGAGGAGGAGGAGGAGGAGAAGGAGAAGGAGAAGGAGAAGGAGGAGGUCCUGACUAUGAAGGAGGAGGCAGGGGAGGAGGAGGAGGAGGAGGAGGAGGAGCAGAUCCUGAUGGAGAGGAGGUCCCGAUGAAGGAGGAGGAGGAGGAGGUCCCGACGAUGGAGGAGGAGGAGGAGGAGCAGGAGGUCCCGACAAUGGAGGAGGAGGAGGACGAGGUCUCGAAGGAGGAGGAUGUCUAGACAGACAUAUAGGUCCGUAGACACAUGCGAUA